AAUGCGGCGGCGCAACGUUAUUGUUUUGUUUUAUUAAAUAAUUAUAUUUAAAUAUGUAAAUGCAUAUGUGAGUACAACUAUUCAAUAAAAAUAUAUGCAAGUGUAUGUACAAUCGUUAUGCAUGAAAAUGUAUGAAUUCAAUUAAGUCAAGGCUUACGAUCGGCAACAACAAUGAGUCGUCGUCAUACACACAUGCAUACUUCGUAUACUGAUAUGCUGCUUGUAUGUGUGUCUGUGUAAGUGUGAUCUUGAUUAGAUUGUGCAUACAUUUGUAUUUAAUUUUAAUUGAAAACAUUUCGAUAUUGCUUAAUCAGUAGAAGCAGAGUGAUUACCAAUGGCCUCAGUGAAGCCGAUUCUCUGUGUAGGUUGCACUGUCAUUGACUUUGUGACAAUCAGUGCCAGUUAUCCCAAGGAGGACACGGAUGAGCGAUGUCUCGAUGGCUCCUGGCAACGCGGAGGGAAUGCCUCCAACGCCAGCACUGUUCUAAGGUUGCUGGACGCCAAGGUGGAGUUCUUUGGCAUGCUGAGCAAAUCGGAUGGAUUCCGGGUGCUGUUGGAUGAUCUUCGACGGCGUGAAAUUGGUGUGCAGCAUUGUCCAAUGACGGAUAAGGAUCCACCGUUCUCAUCGGUUAUCAUUGCCCAGGACACGGGAUCACGGACCAUUGUGCAUUGCAAUAAAAACUAUCCGUAUGUGACGUGGGAAGAUUUUAGCAAAAUAGAUCUCAAUCGAUAUGGUUGGGUACACUUUGAGGCACGUCAUCCCACUGAAACCAUCAAAAUGAUGAGAUCUGUACAGGAGCACAAUUCCAGACAAGACAAUCGCAUCUUCAUCUCUCUUGACUUUGAGACAUUGUACGAAAAGAACUUGGAACUGUGUCACUUGUGCGAUUAUGUUGUCUUUUCCAAAGAUCUGGCUACCCGCCAGGGGUGGAGAACAGCGCAGGACACGUGUAAGGAGCUGGCUCUAGCCCUACAACCAAGCCGUCCAAAUAUCAUUUGUCCCUGGGGAAACACUGGCGCCAGCUGUUUAGAUUCCUCCAACGAGUGCAACAAUGUGCCCGCCUACGAACCUGCUUCAGUUGUAGAUACUCUAGGUGCCGGCGAUAGCUUCAUGGCCGGCUUCAUCUACGCAUCUUACGUGAUGAAGUGCAGAUUGCCGGAUGCUGUUGACUUUGCCAAUCACGUGGCUGGACACAAGAUCAGCAAUUAUGGUUACGAUCACAUAGCUCAACUCAAUAAGGACAAGGAAAACGCAAUCAAACUGUAAUAUUAUAAUCAAAUUAUGUAUCUUAAAGCUUGACGAAAGUUGACGGAAAUAAAAUAUAAUUAUCAA